AUGUCCGUUACACAAGCGCUUACAACAGACUCUUCCAACGCCCGCAAAGAGCCCGCGAGUAGCAGCUCCGGCGCCGCUCCCGAGCGAACCCGCUUGCAUAUUACCCCCUUCACACCGGACUUGCUGAAGGCCUUCCUUCCACCCUCCAUCCUACCGCAGGCCUCGCGCAUCUCCUACCACACCGUGCAAACUUUCCCCGACAAGGGCUUUGGCUACGUCGAACUGCCCACCAUGGAAGCGCAAAAGCUCAAGAAGAAGUUCGGUGGCUCGAUCUUGAAGGGACAGAAGGUUCGAAUCGAGGACGCGCGCCCCGAGAAGCGCAAGAAGAUCUUGGAAGACGCACAAUCAGCGGCUGAGGCGGGCCUCGACGAGGAAGAUCGCAAGGCUGGCAAGAAGAUCAAGAAGCUCAAGCGAAAGGAUGGCGUACUGCCGGGCUAUGAACUGCCCGAUGAGAGGCACGUCAAGCGUGGCUGGACCGAACCUGAGAGCAAGAAGGAUUACAAACGCAAGGAUAGGAAGGACAAGGACAAGAAGGAAAAGAAGAACAAGCCGCAGCCCUCGAAAUACACCACAGACAAGGAGCUUCUGUUCAAGACGAAGCUGCCGCCAAAUGCAGUUCCGACUGCCAAGUCGGACAAGGCGUUGGAGAAGCCGAAGAAAUCGAAGGUGUCCUCCCGCGAUGUUGUCGUACACGAGUUUUCCAAGACAACAAAACAUGCCAGCUUCCUAAAGAGUAGUCAGGUCUCGAAGGAUGGCAAGACAGCUGCCGAAUUUGUCGAAGGCACAGGCUGGGUCGACGAGAAUGGUAGUGUUGUGGAGCAAGAGACCGAGUCACAGCGAAAGCGAAGGGAAGCCAAAGCGGAGGCGAAACAGAAACGCGCCGAAGCAAAGGCCGCUGCUGCUGCCGCCGCUGCAGAAGAGGAAGGAAAGAACCCCAAGAGGAAGUCUGCCCUCGAGAUAGCAGAGGCCCUUGCGGCGAAGCGGAAGGCAGCGAAGGCAGCGAAACCAGCGAAGGCAGCAGAGCCUGCUGACGAUUCUUCGGAGAUUGAAGAAAAUGUCUCGGACGAUCGUUCCUCGGUUGUCUCUACCAGUUCGUCCGACGUGAGCAGUAGCGACGAGGAAUCUGAAGAAUCAGCUCGGUCGGAGGCUGAAUCAGAAGUCGCACAGGACGAAGCCGAAGAAUCUUCGUCUGAAUCUGAGCCACAAAUAGCCCACACCAAGGCAGCUGAGCAGGGUAGCAUUCCUCAUGGAAAUACUGGCGGAGACGUGGAGAUGACCGAUUCCGCCGAGAAAGUCGGGGACGCCGAGAAGGAGGCGAGAGAAGUUCAUCCUCUGGAGGCUCUUUUCAAACGCCCCAACCCCCCCGAGGGAGGCACUCCGACAAAGCUCGCGCCCAUCAAUACUUCGUUUAGCUUCUUUGGCGGUGGCGACGAGGAGGAGGCGGAGGCGGUGGAAGAAGCAAAUGUUCCGCUCACGCCAUACACGCGGCGAGACUUGCAAAUACGUGGUAUGCGAAGUGCGGCGCCUACGCCAGACACAGCGGCCAUUGGCAAGAGGUUCUGGCGCAACGACAUGGAUGACGAGGAGGAAGAAGACGGGGACGAGGAGGUGGAGGACAGCAUGAUGCAGGUAGAUGCCAAUUCGGUACCCAUCGGGAGUAGGGGACCCGAGGUUACCAUGGCACCGGAGCAGGGCUCAGAGGCGGAGCAGAGCGAGUUUGCGAAGCACUUCUGGGAGCACCGCGGCGACUACAACAGAGCAUGGAAAAAGCGCAGGAGGGAGGCAAUGAAGGUCCAGCGGCAGCGUGAGAACCGGCGGCUGGGGAGGAAGGUUGUCUAG